AUGACAGUAGGGUAGUAGUUUUUUGACAUUGACACCUGCUGAGAAAGUCGAAGUCAAAAAUAAAAACGUAAAUAAACCAUUCAUAAAUAAUGAUUGUUAACAAAGAGAUCAUUCCUCAGUUUUAAUUUGUAAACAAAGGAACAUGUCCGUACCAAUCGCUCCUAGGUAUUUUUUCAUAUAAAGUCAGCUUCCAAUUUUCAAGACUGACACGCUAUGGACACACAAGACUAUGAAGACGACUCCUCUGAACCGUCCCCUUCUAAAAGCAGAAGAAAAGGUUCUGCUCAUUCUGCUGAUAUCGAAGAAAUUGAUGAAUCGUGUCAAAUUAUGGUGAACAAUUCUGACAAUGUGCUGAGAAUUCUGAGAAACCUAUACCAUGAUAAAGAAAUGUGUGAUGUAUAUUUAAAGGUUGGAAAUAAAGAGUAUGGAGCCCAUAGACUUAUUCUUUGUGCUACAAGUGAUGUAUUUCAGGCUAUGCUGAUGUGUCCUAAAUGGUCAGAAUGGCAUGAAAGCAGAGUUGAACUACUGGAACUCCCAAUUUGUGAAGGAUUUUUUAAUUUAUUCUUGGAAUAUCUUUACACUGGAAAAAUCUUAAUCACUCAUACCAACGUAAUGCCAAUUUUGGCUUUGGCUGAUAAAUAUAUUGUGAAAGGUUUGUCACGGGUAUGCCUGUCCUACAUGUGCAAACAUGUACCUCAUGCAGCUUCCCAUAAUCAGCUGUUCUCCUGGCUGCAGUAUAGCACAGCCUGUGGCCACACGAAGGUCAUGGAGACAUGCCAGAACUACAUUAAAUGGAACUUUGAAGCCGUUGCUAACACGCCAGAUUUCAGCAAUUUUGACAUCGACAUGUUCACCAGAAUCUUGUGGCAGAAUGACAUUGUUGUGCAUAAUGAAAUGGUGUUAUAUAACUGUGUAACAAGAUGGCUAGAGCUGGAAAAAAUUAAAAUGCAGCUCGUGUGCUGUAAUAAUGUAGAGAUUGAAAAAAACUUCAAGAAUCUGGUGGAAAGAAUCAUGUCCUGUAUUCGAUUUCCUAUGAUGACUCCUAGAGAGCUUGCUGAAUUGCUGUUGUCAACUAUUAUCAAACAACAUAAGGAGUUCUUCAUGGAUAGGAUGGCUAUAGGUAUGAAAUACCACUCGGGCUACACUGAUCAAAUCCAGCCUUACUACAAUACGGAAGAGGGACGUUUGUUGUUCAUUCCCCGUUUGUACACAUCCGACAGUUGCAGCGCCAUUUUGACAAUCGAAAACUUUCGUACGAUCCCCAGCUAUCAUACCAGCACUUUUGUGUUUUCGUCCCACUUGUCUGCAGCAGAACAUGAAUCGCAUAAGGUGAACGAGUGGCUUGUGGAUCUAUAUCCCAGGGGUAUUUGGUUCAAGAAAUGUUACCUGAUCGUGUGGCAAGGCACAUUGGAAGUACCGGAAGAGGUUCUGUACACAGUGAGACUGUCAUUGACCUGCAGAGAGUUGUCAGAGACUGACAUGAGAGUUAAGGUGUCCGUGUUGAUUUACGGUCUUCAAGGUAAGAACAAACCGUUCAGAACAAUUCUCACCAAAAACAGUUGGUAACCCCGCAACCCGACGGCACAUUGUCGUCGACUUCUGGGACUGUAAGAAGUUACAAACUAUAGUCGAAAUCACGAAAGUAAAGACAAACGACAGCGAUUUGUGAAUAUUAUAGUUUCAGAUAUGUUAGACAGAGACAAAGAAUGUUUUUGUCUAAACAAACCGUAUUGCUAAUUUGCAUGCAUCCGACAAAGAUAGACGAUGUUUUCAUGUUGCAUGAUCGAUCAUAUUUGGAUGAUGAAUAGUUAGGUUAUGUUAAAGCGGAUUAGGUUUUUUUCGAAUGAUACUUUGGUCUCUGGUGUUCCUGUUUUAAGGUAUUCUACUCGUAACUGUCUUUUUCAAAACAAAAACUCCCCACUAAAAUUAAUAACUUUAAAUCAUAAUAUAAAUUUUGUUGUCAUUAUGUUCCUGACGUGAUUUUAUCAUCGGCGUACGUCCAUUGAUUACUUCAGUACUAUCUGUGAUAUGACGUAAUAGUCAUCUUUAGUGAUUUUGACUAUAGUCAAAUCUUACGUAUUUCGAUGAUAAACAGCAAACUCGUCAAGUAGCUAACAAAAAAUCGCCUUCUCAUUUUUAUUUACGGUUAUGCUUAUAUAGGUGGCGUUGAACACGUGAUGGAGGUUAAAGAAAAGGUUCACCAUUUCUCCACUCAAGAAAAAGUGAUGAACAUUGAUGACCUCAUUCCAUUUGAAGAACUGAAUCCACCAGCUACCAGCGAGGGUACUCACGAAACACCAUACUUAGUAGGGCCAAAUCGCGACCAGUUAAAAUUGAAUAUCGUUAUAGCACCUAUCAGGUAGCAGAUAUUUGUGACUACACGAGUGAUCUGCCCUAUGUGCCAUGCUAUAUAAUGUUUAAGAAAUAAAUAACUGGUUCGUUCUUUAGAAUGUGAAGAUGAUUCUGUACAUGGCCAUUCACAGUACUAGCUCUAUUCAAAAGUAAAACUUGAAAAAUUAUAUUUUCUCAAGAUAUAUUAUAUAUUGGGGGAUCUUUUAUAUCAAAGUUUUGUUAUAUAUGUUUUUUCAUUUGAUUUUGAUUGGGGGUGAUGCAAUUGUAAUGAAUUAUCC